AUGUGUCUCAAAAAUGCUCUUCAACGUGCUUUAGAUAAGCUCCUGAAACACUACCGUAAAUGCAACUGGAUAUACAGCUCAAUUAUGAUUCUUGAUCCAAGAUUUAAGUAUGAAACUUUUGAGAUGACAGAAUGGGAUCGCGAGAUGGCCGCAGAAUCGUUAAAAAAAUUUGAACAGAUUUUUAAAGAAAUAUAUACAUCACCAGAUUUGAGAUAUCAACAUACCGAACCAAAUGAAGCUAUGGACACAAAUGAUGAAUUCAAUUUAUUUUCACUUUUUGAGCAAAAAUCAUAUUCUGAAUCAGGAUGGCAACACGAAAUUUCGAGGUAUCUAAAAGAGCCAAGAGCUGAUAAGAAUACAGAUAUUGCGCAAUGGUGGAAGCAAAAUCAAAAUGUGUAUCCAAAUCUCAAUCGCAUGGCAAGGGACUUUUUUAGUAUUCAAGCAACUUCAGUACCAGCAGAACGUCUUUUCUCUAAAGCUGGACUCAUAAUAAGGAAAAAUCGUAAUCGCUUGAAUCAUGAGUCUGCUAGGAUCUGUAUUUGCCUCAAUUCCUGGACAUCUUGCAGUUUAAGUUCUGUUAUAAAAGAAAAAUUUGACCGCGCCGAAAAGUAA